CCCGGCGUGAACGCGGUGGCUAAGCUAGAUGGUGCUUCGACUCGGCAGCUAACGUUGGGGAUUUGCAUUUUCAAAGGAAAGGGAUAUUCGUUUAUCUCGUCGCUGAGCCAGGCCGCACCACCAUGGCUCUUUACGAGUAUGUCACUCAGGAGCAGCUUGCGGGUUUCGACAAGUAUAAGUACAGCGCAGUGGACUCGAAUCCCCUGUCUGUGUAUGUCAUGCAUCCUUUCUGGAACUCUGUGGUGAAGUUUCUACCAACAUGGUUGGCUCCAAACCUCAUUACAUUUACAGGCUUUAUGUUCCUCGUGUUGAACUUUGUUAUGUUGGCCUUCUUUGACUUUGACUUCUCUGCCUCUGCUGCAGGACAUGAUCACGUGCCUAGUUGGGUCUGGGUAGCUGCAGGGAUCUUCAACUUCUUAGCCUAUACACUCGACGGUGUUGACGGUAAACAGGCACGGCGCACCAACUCCUCCACACCACUAGGGGAGCUUUUUGACCACGGCCUGGACAGCUGGGCCUGCAUCUUCUUUGUGGCCUCCGUAUAUUCUAUAUUUGGCCGUGGGGAGAGCGGCGUGAGUGUGGGCACACUCUAUUACAUAUUGUGGGUGGUGCUGUUCUCCUUCAUCCUGUCUCAUUGGGAGAAAUAUAACACUGGCAUCUUGUUUCUGCCCUGGGGAUACGACAUCAGCCAAGUGACAAUCUCCCUUGUUUACUUGGUCACUGCUGUGGUGGGUGUGGAAACCUGGUACCAGCCAGUCCUGUGGCGCUUUCUCUAUAGAGACCUUUUCACUUUUAUGAUCAUAGCCUGCUCCUUCACUGUGACCUUGCCUAUGAGCCUCUACAAUGUCUUCAAGGCUCACCGGAGUAAUACUCUCAAGCACAGUAGCUUGUACGAAGCAUUCCUGCCUUUCCUUUCCCCCGCCCUCCUCUUUAUCUUGUCCACCACGUGGGUUGUCUUCUCUCCCUCAAACAUCCUUGAGCUCCAGCCCAGGAUCUUCUACCUCAUGGUGGGGACAGCCUUCGCCAAUGUCACGUGUAAGCUAAUUGUGUGUCAGAUGAGUAACACACGUUGCCAGGCACUGACCUGGUUAUUGCUGCCCAUGACGGCGGUGGUACUGUCGGUAUUGACGGGGGUCGUCACCAAUGAGACUCUGCUGCUUUAUUUCUGGACAGCUGCCGUCAUACUAGCACACAUACAUUACGGCGUAUCAGUGGUACAACAACUCAGCAACCACUUCAAUAUCUUCGCCUUCUCCCUCAAGAAGCCCAACACCGACUGACAUGAGGAGGAGCGAAUCGGCUUGAAAGGGGCUGAGGUUUAGGCCUCUCCCCUGUGCGACUUAACGACACUUCACUUUCAUCACCACGGAAACCGCAUCCCCUCUUCUCCAUCCAUGAGGACUCUGCAAGUGGAAUGGACUAUGGCCCUCAUUUCCAUCUUCUCCCAACAAACAUGCAACAUUCACACUCUGUCACACACACACACACACAUACACACACAUUUCCCAACCUGCCACCAUACUGGUCUCAAUGAUGGGGUUGGUGCAGGGGCUCUGGCUUCCGUCAUUGGUGAUUGGCUAGUUUGUUUGAGCCAAUGAGGUGCAAUUGUUUCCUACGGAAAUGUGCUUCAGUCAUGAGAACGGGAGCCCAGACAAGCUAUUUAAAAACAAACGUUUGUACUUAUAUAUUUGUGAGGACUUCAUUUACUAAAUGGUUCCCUUAUUCCUUAGCCUAACAUUUAAGUAAUCCCUAAAACCAAAUUUUAAUCCCCAAACUGCCUGUAUGGUCAUAAGCCAAAAUGAUGACAGGCCAGAAUGUCCCUAAAGUCAAAAAUUCACUUUGGUCCUCACAAAGAUAGACGUACACACUUACGGUUGCACACACACACAGACACACACACACCCCCGAACAGAGUUUUGCUUUAAUGCAGAUAAUUUCUAAUUGGUGUCAGGUGUAUUAACACAGACACAAACUCACACAGAUAUACUCACAUAGUAUUAUGAAUGUAUAAUAUGCCUUGGGGAAUCACCAUUUCAGUUUUUCUAUAUUAACAAGACCGCGUCAAGUGGUAUCAUGGCAAACUUGACCAAACCUCGAGAACUCUGGCCACAUGUGGCUCACACAUCUGUGUCCAGCAUUUUGAUUUUGUAGUCGGCAACGUGAUAAAUGUUAAUAGCUAUGUGUGUUUGUGUUUGUGUGUGCCUAUACAUACAUAUAUAUAUGUAUAAACACACGCACUAAUACACUAUAUAUGUUAAGGGGUUUGGGACUUUUUAUUCUAAACUGAAAUGAAACUUUAAGAAAGAAUUUUCUCCUGUAAAACAUUGUAUAAAUCUCCCUCUAAUGAUCUGUUGGGACGUUGCCAUGAACAGAGCUGAACGUUGACUAACCAGGGCAAGAAUUGACCAGGGUGACCUGGGCUAACCUUCCACUUUAACCUCUGUGUGAGCACUUGCCUCUCGGUUCUUUUUUCCCUCUGAGGUGUCGUGUCUUCAUGCUGAUUCGUUCUUUUUUUCUUUUCUUUUUUUUUUACUGUAGAUUUCUUUUUAUACAGACGUAUUUGUUUUGGGUUUGUUUGGUUUGGUUUGUCUGUCUGCUGCCAUGGCAAUGAUGUAUGGUAAAGUUGCGCAGGGCUUGAAUGAAGAGUGACUCCAAAAGCCGUUAGCGGAGCGGACUCACUCUGAGGGAACAAGCCGUCGCACGGGACACCACAAACGCUACAACACUGCCUGGCAUCACACUCUCCUGCUCCAACAGAUAUAAUCACACUCUUUAUACUGUCUUGUUGUAUGACUUGUCUUGUUGAUUUUUAUUUUAUUUUUUCCAGUCGGUUAAACACUCUUCCUGUGUGUGAUUCAAACUUCUCCUCAGUGAAGAACAUUCAGUAACGGCUGCUGUACUUGACUUUUCAUCAACCUGGUAUUCAAAGCAAGGCCAAACAAGGUGACUUGGGCCUUAUUUACCAGCGGUGUACUGUGUAACCUCUUAUUUCACAAGUCAGUAACUAAACAACAUGGACUGUUUGGAGGAGGGGACUUAUUUGGAGCCUAACUUGAUCCUUGUUGUUAGAAUUCAAACAGUUAUGUGGGGGCUCGUAUUCCAGAGAUUGUCACAACUAUGGGAUGUCUUGUUUGACACCUCUAUUUGACUUUUUUUUUUUUUUUUUUUUUCUCCACACUGAAACCAACCCUGGGAAAAAUCGUCUAGAUUGUGAUGGGACAGGGUUCUGGUAUGUAUUAAAUGCCUCAGUUAUGUCUGAUAGGUUGACCCGGUCUGCUGUACACAAACAGGUCUCUGUGAAAAUGAAGGAACAAUGCUAAAACACACUGUGCCUGUCUUUGGAAUGGCAAAUUAAUCUGGGAGUUAUGAUGUCUGCCUGUUAUCCAGGUAAACACAAGUGUCUAGUCAGUGAUAAUCAUCUCAAAUACACUAGAUCAUUGUUAAUAAAGGGUACACAGGGAACAAUCAGUCGACUGGGCACGAACAACCUACUUGCAUUUUGACUUUGCUUAAGUUUUUGUUUGUUUGUUACCUGAAGUUUUGUACAUAGCAGAUUUUAUGCAGCACUGAACAUUUAGAUUAUAACUGUAAUGUCCCUGUAUUUCUGGGAGGAACAAAACGAUCUGUAACUGCCACGAUUCCCAGCUGAAGGGCCCGGUGUGGUUUGCAGUACCUCCAGCCUGGACGUAGGGAAGUCUUGAAUGCAGUCAUUAGCACAUUAUAGUAGUUGAUUUCAUGAGGCUUUUUUUUUUUCCCUUUAAUAAUGAUGCCCCACGAUUUGUGACUUUUCGAGACGGUAGAUUGUAUUGACAUGGCAACAACUGUGACUGAGAUUUCGCCACCGUAACGGUGAACUGUGGUGUGUUUAUGCACUGUCAAGGUUAUGUACAGCUCCACGUGUACAUGUCUGCUUAUAUAUGUAUGAAUAUUUGUGUAAAUAUGUUAUUUCCUCAUUUUUAUGUUGUUUUUUAAAACUACAAAUGUGGUCAUUGUCUGGUUGGUAAAUCCUGACUGGGAUGCGAUUCCAAACAGCAGUGAAAACUACAAAGCUGUCUAUAUUAGCAGUCCGUUAAUGUAGUUGUUUUCUUUUUUGUUGUUGUUGUUUUUGUUUUUUUGGUGGGUAUUUUAAAUUUUAUUUCUGCUUUACUGGCUCAUUCGUCUAUGCUUUGUCAUGUUUUGUGGGUUUUUUUUUUCCUUUGGGAAAUGACAAACACUACAAACUAAACGCAACAACGGAGUUCAUGUCAAAGAGCGCUGGCAGAGAAACAUUGUGCCAUUCACAAACCGUGAUUCAGCUUGAAGAUGGAUUUCUUUAUAUUUUAAUGCUCAUUUUCUGGACAUUCUUCGUCCCGUGUUCGUCAGCUUCACUCAUCACUUUCAGAGGAUAACAGUCUUAAAAGCCCCCCCACCCCCAUCUGGAUCAAUGGACUAAGCUGUUGUAUGUAAUACUGCCCUGGCAAACGCUCCAGGGCUUCGACGUGGCUACUUGUGAUGUUGUACUUAACCAUUGAAAGAAAGGACUUCCCAGAAAUAAAUAAAAGUCCGUUUUCUUUAA